AUGAUUAUGGCAACAAACAGACCUGAUGUUUUGGACCCUGCUCUUCUUCGACCUGGUCGACUGGACAGGAAAAUAGAGAUACCACUGCCUAAUGAACAGUCGAGGUUGGAAAUUUUGAAGAUACAUGCUGCCGGUAUUGCUAAACACGGAGAAAUUGAUUAUGAAGCUGUUGUGAAACUUGCUGAGGGUUUUAACGGAGCUGAUCUCCGGAAUAUUUGCACUGAAGCUGGAAUGUCAGCAAUUCGUGCGGAGCGUGAUUAUGUCAUACAUGAAGAUUUCAUGAAGGCUGUUAGGAAACUGAAUGAAGCGAAGAAACUUGAAUCAAGUGCACAUUACAAUGCUGACUUUGGGAAAGAAUGA